AUGUUAAAUAAGCACCAAAAACCAUUUACAGACUCAGAAAUUGUAAAAGAGUGUAUGUUAGAAGUAGCCAUUGCACUUUUUGAAGAAAAAAAGGACAUAAUUAAUGCUAUUCAAAGUAUUCAUCUAUCAGCAAGAAGCAAUACAAGAAGAACAGAACUAUUGGCCGAUGACAACAAAAAUAAUUUAAUUCACAUUUUACAGAUGGCUCCUUGCUACGCUAUUGCAAUUGAUGAGUCAUGUGAUAUUGUUGAUUCUGAGCAGAUGUCAAUUUUUGUGCGCUUUUUAGACGUUGAAAGUAGAGUAUUUAGAGACGAGUUGCUAGCAUUAUUGCCAUUGAAAUGCAAGACUCGUGGAGAAGAUUUGUUUAAAACUUUUAACGACUUCAUGACUAAAUCAAAUAUUAGUUAUGAUAAAAUUGUGUCUAUUUCAACUGAUGGCGCACCGGCAAUGAUUGGUAAAGAAAAGGGAUUUGUUAAGAGAAUCAAGGAUAAGAAUGCUGAAAUACUUUCAUAUCAAUGUAUAAUUCAUCAAACAUCUCUGUGUGGCAAACUUAGUACAACACUAAAGGAAGUAAUGGACAUAAUGAUCAAGUUGAUUAAUUUUUUGAGAUCCCGAUCUGCUCUUCAGCACAGGCAGUUUAAAGAUUUUUUAUUUGAAUGUGAUUCAGUGUAUUCGGAUUUACUUCAACAUAACAAUGUCCGUUGGUUAAGUAAAGGCAAAGUGAUCGAACGUUUUUGGAGUAUAAAAGAAGAAGUAAUCACGUUCUUGGUAAACUUGGAUUCAGUAGAAUCAAAGCAGUAUCAUAAAUUCUUAACAAAUGAGAGCAAUAUGCUAUCUGUGGCAUUUUUAAAAGACAUUCUUGUAUAUUUAAAUGUACUUAAUACUGAGUUACAAGGGCAAAAAGUUAAUUUGUGA